ACCACACUGAACAACUCCGCCAUCCACUUGUCAACAACAAACCACCACCCAACAACCCAACAAAUAUUGUUGAACGUUGAAUUGAUAAUAGUCUAAAUUGUCUUUGGCAAUACGCAAACAGUUGUUGUCCCAAAAUCAUCAACAAGAGUAACAAUUACCAAGUCUUCAACGAACUAAACAAUAACUAUCUCCAAAGCUUUUAUUAUACAAAAUUUAAUUGCUUUUAAUAACUAAUUAUCCACCAUCAUACAACUAUUAUUUAUUAUUUAAAAACGAUCAUCACUAAAACAAAAUGAAUAACAACAAUCCACAAUCAAGACCUCCAAUGUUGAACGUAUCAACGGUCGUUAAAUCAAAAUGGAAAAUUCAAGGAAAGUUAGGUCAAGGUGCAUUCGGAGAAACCUAUGCUGCUGUCGAUCUUCAUAGUGGCGAGGAUGUUGCCAUUAAAGUAGAAAAACUAGAUAACAAGAAGAUCGUACUUAAAUUAGAAGUUAUCGCUUUGAAGAAAGUUCAAGCUUGUCCAUAUGUUGUAAGAUACAUUCACAGUGGAAGACAAGACGAUUACAAUUUUCUUGUCAUGGAAAGACUGGGAGAAAGUUUAGCUGAUUUACGUAAACGAACACCUCGUGGAGCUUUCUCAAUGAGUACAACAUUGAGAUUAGGUAUUCAAAUGAUUGAAAGUUUAGAAGGUGUACACAAAUUAGGUUAUAUUCAUCGUGAUGUGAAGCCAUCUAACUUUGUAAUGGGAAGAUCGAAACCUAAAAGAGGAAGAACCUAUCUCAUCGAUUUUGGUCUAGCUCGUAAAUAUAAAUUACCAAGUGGUGAAAUUAGACCACCACGUAGAAAUGCUGGAUUUAGAGGUACAGCUCGUUAUGCAUCUAUAAAUUCCCAUCAUUCUAAAGAAUUGGGAAGACGAGAUGAUUUGUGGUCUGUUUUUUAUGUGUUGGUAGAAUUUGCUUUAGGUUCCCUUCCAUGGAGAAAGAUCAAAGACAAAGAACAUAUUGGUGAACUGAAAGAACGGUUCACAAAUGCAGAAUUGGUUAAAGAUUUACCAAAUGAAUAUCAAUUAUUUAUGGAACAUUUACAAAAAUUAGGAUAUGCUGAUGAACCUGAUUAUGAUUUUUUGAAGUCAUUACUUCUCCAAGUAUAUAGCAGAGAUGGUUAUUCACAUGAUGAACCAUUCGAUUGGCAAAGAAGAGACAAACAAUCAAUACCACCACAUAUUGAUCUCACUAUAAUAACAUGGGAGAUCAAGAAAAUAUGCCAACUCAAACAAAACUUGAAGAAAUGA